CGCAACAGGUUAAACUCCACCCCUCAGGUGUGUGCUCUUCCUCGGGUGCCAUGAAUCAUUUUCUUCCCGAAACCUAAAGCGAAAUUUUGCGGACAAAUCGUUGGAAUCCAUGCCUCCCUCCAGUAAAUGCCCCUGAAUGGACAUUUUUGGCCCACACAGCAGAAUCUGAGGGAGUACCGGUGCUUUUUUCACACAUGGAUCGGAUAUGGCUUCUUGUUUUCCUGGGAGGAUUGUUGCUACCAGGGGCGCAACAUGUCUGGGGGAUGGAAAUUUCCACCACAAAGGAGGUGGAAGCGGUCAACGGAACCAGUGUAAAACUGACGUGCACCUUCACCUCUACUCACCCCGUGUCGCCUCAGACGGUUAUUGUAUCAUGGAACUUCCAGCCGGUUAAUUCCAAAAAUACUCACCGUGUGUUUUACUACCAGGAGGAUCCACAUCCUCCCCCUGAGGGGAUCUUUAAAGGGCAUGUAGAGUGGUCAGGAGACAUAAUGAGAAAAGACGCCUCCAUCACCUUGCUUGAUGUGCAGCCCAUCUUUAAUGGGACCUACAGCUGUCGGGUGACCAACAAUCCCGAUGUCCACGGCGAAAUUGGAAAAACCGACCUUAGAGUCGUCAACAAAACAUCCCUGUCUGAGCUCAGCAUCCUGGGGGCCAUUGUUGGAGGUUCCUGUGCCUUCGUCCUUAUCCUCCUCGGUAUCUAUGUGGCUUGGAAGAUGUACAGGAAGCAACAAAGGGAAAGGGACAUUGAGAUGCACCUAGACGAGCGAUCGGAGAAGGACCCAACUGUGUGUUCACCUGCAGAGGCAGUUCAUCUGACAGCCCAGAAACAGGAAAAAGAAGUCGGUAGUUCAGACGAUGAGGAGUCUGAGGAGAGCAGUGGGGAUGGUGAGGAGGAGGGAAGUAAUGAGGAGGAAGAUGACGAUGACGACGACGACGAGGAGGAGGAUGAUGAUGAUUAGUUAAACUUUUAUUUUAGCAGAAGAAAUUGAAAUAUUUGUGUUGCACAGUUCAAAUUUAAAUGCACAGACGUUUGUUCAACUGUCUGUUGGUUGAUAAACACAACAUUUAACUCCCAUAACCAUUUAAAAGAGUAAGGCAGAAUCAGAGACGCUGUCUUCUUGAUCCAUUUACAAAAUCUUUCUUUUAAAAACAUUUGCUUCGGUGGAACUAAACCGGAGUUUUGCUCAGCUUUACUUUAGCAGCACAGUGGCACCAGCCUCCAGAGACAAGAUGUAGGAUGAGAUAAAAACUUUGAAGUUACAUCUUUUGACUACAUUCCCCUGGUGUUCUUUCAGAUCUUUCAGAUUACCAAACCUAUCCGACCAAAUGAACACCGCAAAUGGCCUUUUGAAACAUUUCACUAUAAAGAUGGACCGAGAAAUUGGCCAGCUUGAUCAAGGCGGGAAACUCGAUUCAGCAGAUCUUCUUCCUUUCAGUGAAUGCACUACCAGGUCACUCGAACAACCAGACUCUUCGAAAGGCGUUUAAGGGGAACUGUAGGGUCAACAGAGUCGUGCUUUGUUCAGGCUGAUCGUUUUUAAACGGGGAGUGAAACCUUUGACAGAAAACAGGGAUGUGGCUUACAAGAAGGGUAGCUCUUUUAUCCAUUUGAGCUUCCCAGCCUCUUCCUGUCAUGGAAAAGGAUGGAUUCAGAAAUAUUAGCUGCCUUGUGGAAAUGCCAGGAGGUGCGGAUCUAUAUUUUUAAUGGUGAAACACAUUGACUUAUUUUAAGCUUUGAAAGGUGCGUUUCUGAAACUUCUUUGCGAGCAGCACAACUCUGUCCUUUUUUUUCUUUUCGAAUAUACACUAAUGCUCCAUAACAUUCUAAAAUACAGUUUUAAAUGUAUUUUAUUUCUGUUUUAAGUUGUUUGAGAUGUGUAUCGUUUCUUCUGUAGUGCAUAAGAACAGUGUCACAAAGUUGUUUGUGCUAAUUUAACUAGAUUUCCACAUAUUGUGUAAAAAUGUGUUGCCCGAAUCAGAAUUCUGCUGGAUUUUAAUGCAGUAUGAAUGUAUUUUUAUAGAUUUUUUUUUUAUAGACAUUUCCUUUUUAAUUUGUCUCAAUGCUAACACUGUGCAGAUAAUAUUAUCUGUUUCUGCUCCAUCUCCGGUGCUGUAACAUACAUUUCUUCUCUUUGAAUGAGUAGAUGAGUCAUUAGAGGUUUCCAGUAAAAAUGUAUUUGGCUUGUUUUGAUAUUUAGAUGAAAGCAACAUGAUCUCUUGCCUUUUUUUUUUUUUUCACAGGUGAAUGACAUUUUAUGUUUGUCACACCUGUGAAAUUGCACAGGGGAUUUAUACAUGUAUUUUUUGUAUGUGUUGUAAACAAAGUGAACUUUAUUAUUUUUUUAAAAAAGAAAGUCGGGAAAUGUCCAUUAUAUUUUUUGCUGCUUUUAAUUAAAGAGAUACCAUUUUGAAACCA